AUGGCCGGCCCUCCUGUCCCCUUCUCCUCCCUGCCGCUCAACAAGUCCUUCGCCGCGGCGCGGCUCAACGCGUGGGGCGCCCACGGCGACACGGACGAGCUGGGCUUCCUCAACCGCCAAACGCCCGAGACCGUCGCCGCGGCCGCAUCCUCGGAGAUCAAGACGGGCGUGCGCGUGCCCCUGGACGCGCCUCUCGACUUUCAAGGCCAGAAACCCCUCUUCGGCCGCCAGGUCUUCAUCAAGGACGUGUACCAGAAGAAGCCGCGCAUCGUGCACGACGACACGUGGGCCUUCAACACGCAGUCCUCGACCCAGUGGGACGGCCUGCGGCACUUCGGGUACCAAAAGGCCGGGCGGUUCUACAACGACACCACGGUCGAGGACAUCGCGGGCACAUCGGCCAAGGGCGCGCAGAACCCCAACAUCCUGGGCAUCCACAAGGCCGUGGAGCGCGGGGGCGUCAUGGGGCGGGGCAUCCUCGUCGACUUCCGCCGGUGGAUGGAGGAAGGGCCCGGCAAGGAUAUCGUGGGCGACCAGUUCCGCCAGUUCCACACGUCGGCCAUCAAGUACAGUUGGAUCCAAGACGUGCUCAAGUGGCAAAAUGGGACCACGCCGCGGUUCGGCGACAUCCUGAUUGUGAGGUCCGGAUUUUUCAAGAGUUAUCGCGACAUGGUCGCCUCGCCGGAGGGGGAGGCCGAGGUCCAGCGGCUCACGUCCAUGUCUCCGCCCGGCCUGGGCGGCGUGGAACAGUCGGACGAGGUGCUCGAGUGGAUCUGGAACCACUUUUCGGCGGUCGCGAGCGAUCACCCGAGCUUUGAGCGCUGGCCGACCCCUUAUGACUGGAGUAUGCAUGAGGUGUUGUUGGCCGGGUGGGGGUGCAAUAUUGGCGAGCUGAUGGAUCUGGAAAAGUUGAGCGACGAGUGCAAGAGGCAGGGGAGGUGGAGUUUCUUUGUGGCCAGUGUGCCUUGUUAUGUGCCGGGCGGGGUGGCCAGUCCGGUCAAUGGCGUUGCCAUCUUUUAG